UUCGGCUCUGCUCGGCUCGGCUCGGCCCAGAACAGACCAACGGCAGCAGCUGUAGUGAGACCCAGCAGGGAGGAACCAUGGCGGCUCCAGCUCUCUCCGGUCGGGCCGGUUCGGUGGGCAGCCUCGGGAACAGCCCCACAUCCACGGCCGCUGGCAGACUCCCCCCCGGGGGCUCCGGGCCCGAGCUGGACUUCAGGUCCGGGGCCCGCAUGGAGGACCUGAACCGACUCAUCCAGGACUUCAGUAAACACGACCAGCGGGAGUACGACGACCAGCGGGCCCUGGAGAUCCACACGGCCAAGGACUUCAUCUUCUCCAUGCUGGGAAUGGUUCAGAAACUGGAUCAGAAGCUCCCAGUGGCCAAUGAGUACCUGCUCCUUUCUGGAGGUGUUCGGGAAGGUGUGGUGGACAUGGACCUGGACGAGCUCAGCGUCUACGCCCGCGGCACAGACUACGACAUGGACUUCACUCUGUUGGUCCCCGCACUCAAACUGCACGACCGCAACCAGCCAGUAACCCUGGACAUGAGGCACUCUGCGCUGGGCCACUCCUGGCUCAGCCUCCGCCUCUUUGACGAAGGAACUAUCAACAAGUGGAAGGACUGCUGCACCAUCGUCGACCACAUCAACGGGACCACCAACUACUUCUUCUCCCCAACACUAGUGGCCGACUGGUUCUACCAGUCCAUAUCUCUUGUGCUGCUGGAGGUGCAGAAGAAGCCACAGAGAGGGAUGCCAAGGGUCGAGAAGGUGGAGCGGAACGGGACCAUCAUCUCCGUUAUCCUGGGAGUCGGCAGCAGCAGGAUGCUCUACGACAUCGUUCCCGUCGUGUCAUUUAAAGGCUGGCCGGCGGUAGCUCAGAGCUGGCUGAUGGAGAACCACUUCUGGGACGGGAAGAUCACGGAGGAGGAGGUGAUCAGCGGCUUCUACCUCGUCCCCGCUUGCUCCUACAAAGGCCGCAAGGAGAACGAGUGGCGGCUGUCGUUCGCCCGCAGUGAGGUGCAGCUAAAGAAGUGUAUCUCUUCAAGCCUGAUGCAGGCGUAUCAGGCCUGCAAGGCUAUCAUCAUCAAGCUGCUGUCCCGGCCAAAGGCCAUCAGUCCCUACCACCUGCGCAGUAUCAUGCUGUGGGCCUGCGACCGUCUCCCUGCCAACUACCUGGCUCAGGAAGACUUCUCCGCCCACUUCCUGCUGGGCCUGAUUGACGACCUGCAGCACUGCCUCGUCAACAAGAUGUGUCCCAACUACUUCAUCCCUCAGUGCAACAUGUUGGAGCACCUGUCGGACGAGACGGCCAUGCUGCACGCCCGCAAACUGUCCUCGGUGCGUUCUGACCCGGCCGAGCACCUCCGCACCACCAUCGAGCACGCCAAGGCCGCCAACAGGUUGACGGUGGAGCUGCAGUGGCGAGGCAGCUCCACCAACCUGCCGUCGCCGCAGUCCGACUCCGGAGGCGACAACCAGCCCGACGACCGGCUGGCCAAGAAGCUGCAGCAGCUGGUGACGGAGAAUCCCGGGAAGUCCAUAUCGGUGUUCAUCAACCCGGACGAUGUCACACGGCCGCACUUCCGCAUCGAUGACAAGUUCUUCUGAAACCUUGAGACAUUCCUCCUGAGGUUCCCGGCCUCCUCCCCCUCCCCUCACCUGAUCUCCCCCCUCCGACCCACCUAUGAAACUUUCUUUUUUAACUUUUUUUAUGUUUCCUGCCACAAAGUGAAGUGAUCGUCUCGUCUGCCACAGUUUUUUAUUUUUUUAGUUUUAUUUUUAUACUCCCUCCCCUCUGCCCUGGUUUUUCACUGUGUGCCCUGUGUUUUCUACCUUCUCAAUGCCUUUUAAACUGACAGCUUGUUUUUAAACACUGAAGGAAGGGACUGAAAUCCACCUCGUGAUCCAAACGCUGGUCCUGGAAAAAGGUUGAUACUUAUCAGGGAUCCUGGAAAAGAGACUAACAGAUCAAAUUUCCAAAGUAAUCCACUUUAUUCUGGGUUCUGUUAACAACCAGAUUAUCAAGUGAAUGAUGUAAAUGGAGAGGAAGGCUGUACAUUAUCCGAAAUUAUUGUGUCCUCUUGAACCAGGAGUGGAACCAGCAGAGAUCCAUGCAGAGGUGGAUUUCGUCCCUCUGAGGAAUGUCUUAACCCUGCUGGGCAAUGAUGGUACUAAUAUUAGAAGCUAACUGUAAAUAGAAGAAAAACUGACUGAAGAGUGUAGGCAGAAGGAAAAAUGUACUAAUGAUAUGUUGUGGGCUACUUAUUGUUAAAUUUUGCACAGAAUGUAAAAAUCACCACUUUUUCUCCUGAUUGUUGACGUCCGUUUUUUUUUAAGGAACUUCCAUGUUAGCAGACAGGCGACACUGUGCCGAUGGAUAUCCCUUCAUCCGAGGUUGUUAGUUUGCUGUUCCUCUAAACAAAACAAAGUCGUUCAUUUUGUAAAGAAAAUCACAAAGCAGGAACCUUUGGAUGCUGAUCUCUUCCAUUUUUAUUCAAUUUGAUUCGGUUUAUUUCUAUAGCACCAAUUCACAACACAU